CCGUGCAGCCUGGCGGCUUUCCUGCCACCGUGACCAAUGUGGACCGAGUGACGAGGAGAGAGAUGCUGGGUGACGGGGUGUUUUAACAUGAUAUAAAACCCCAGCCAUGUCCCCGGAAGUGAGUCUGGCAGCCUGCUCAAGCAUCACCCCCAAUCUUCGCACACCUGCACACUCAUCAAGAUGCUCUCUCGACGAAACCUCCUAGGGCUGGUGGCCACCGGCACCCUGGUCAGUGCCGGACCCUGCGAUAUCUAUGCCUCCGGCGGGGCUCCAUGUGUCGCCGCGCACAGCACCACUCGUGCCCUGUACAGUGCCUACAGCGGUCCUCUCUACCAGGUCAUCCGGGGCUCCGACAGCACCACCAUAGACAUCUCGCCUCUCACGGCCGGUGGGGUGGCCAACGCUGCGGCCCAGGACACUUUCUGCGCCAGCACCACCUGCCUGAUCUCCAUCAUCUAUGACCAGUCGGGCAGUGGGAAUGACCUCACCCGGGCUCCCCCCGGUGGGUUCGAUGGUCCCGAGGCCAACGGCUACGACAACCUGGCCAGCGCCAUUGGCGCCCCCGUCACGCUGAACGGCAACAAGGCCUACGGGGUCUUCGUCUCGCCCGGCACCGGCUACCGCAACAACGAGGCCAACGGCACCGCUACCGGGGACGAGCCGGAGGGCAUGUAUGCGGUGCUGGAUGGCACCCACUACAACGAUGCCUGCUGCUUCGACUACGGCAACGCCGAGACCAGCAGCACCGACACGGGCGCCGGCCACAUGGAGGCCAUCUACUAUGGCAACAGCACCACCUGGGGCUACGGGUCCGGCAGCGGCCCGUGGGUGAUGGCGGAUCUCGAGAACAACCUGUUCUCCGGCCAGGCGGAGGGCCUCAACUCGGCGGACCCGUCCAUCUCCUACCGGUUCGUCACGGCCGCCGUCAAGGGCGAGCCCAACCAGUGGGCGAUCCGCGCCGGCAACGCGGCCUCGGGGGCGCUGUCGACCUUCUAUAGUGGCGCGCGUCCCACCGUGACCGGCUACAACCCGAUGAGCAAGGAAGGGGCCAUCAUUCUGGGUAUCGGCGGCGACAACAGCAACGGCGCGCAGGGCACCUUCUACGAGGGGGUGAUGACCUCGGGCUAUCCGUCCGACGCGACCGAGGCCUCGGUGCAGGCCAAUAUCGUGGCGGCCAAGUACGCGACCACCUCGCUGACCAGCGGCUCCGCCCUGACCGUGGGGUCCUCCAUCUCCUUCCGCGCCACCACCACCGGCUACACCACCCGGUAUCUCGUCCACAGCGGCACCAGCGUCGUCACCGAGGUCGUCUCCUCCUCCAGCUCCACCACCCUCCAGGAGCAGGCCAGCUGGACCGUGCGCACCGGGCUGGGCAACUCCGCCUGCUUCUCCUUCGAGUCCGUCGACACCCCCGGCAGCUACCUCCGCCACUCCGACUUCGUCCUCUACCUGAACGCCAGCGACGGCACCAAGCAGUUCAACGAGGACGCCACCUUCUGCCCCCAGACCGGGAUCAACAACUCCGGCUCCGGCUACCUGUCCAUUCGCUCCUGGAACUACCCGACCCGCUACUUCCGCCACUAUGAUGACGCUCUGUACAUCGCCAGCAACGGUGGCGUGCACACCUUUGAUUCGGCGACUUCCUUCAACGCCGAUGUCACCUGGGCCAUCAGCACCGGCUUUGCUUCUUAGUCGGGGGCAUACGGGGAUGGCUGGUGGCAGAUGUGUGAGGGUGAGGAUUGAUAAUUGCAUGCGAAGAAAGCCUGUAAAUAGCUCGUCU